AUGCCCCGUGGUCGCCCCCCCAAGAGGCCUGCACUUGAACGGGAGGUUUUUGUCCCCGUCUCUAUCAACCCCGAACCUCAUCUUUUACGACUUCGUGCAGCAGAGAUUACCGCUGAAGGGAGCACACGGCUGCAAACACACUAUGUUGCUGGAAUUCCCCCCGAAAAUUCAUCAAACGACAACAUAUUUUGGAUAGAUGACCGCGUUGAGCAUCCCAGCGACUGUCAAUUUGAGGACGAAACACUUACAGACGACAUUGUUGAUAUUUGUUCCACGGAGAAGCGCAAAGAGACUGCGGCAGACCAGACCUUGCUCGCCUGGAUUGGACAAACGUCAAAUCUCCUGGACGAAAUGCUGCGCCUCAAUGGACGCGGGACUGAAGGUGUCACUUGCUCAUGUGGUGGCAGUAUACGCCCUCAACGUCCGAUGCGUGACUGCCAUGGCAUUCAAAUAUUCUGCCGUGAAUGUACACUUCAAAACCACGUUCUUCAUCCUUUGCAUAGGAUUGAGGUAUAUGGAAUGGGACUUUUUUUCAGCGUAUCACACUCAAACAGCUCGGGGUUCGGGUACAAACUAGGCCAUAACCCAGGAGAAAGGUGCUACAAACCUUCUCCCGCUGCCGGUGAUGAUUUUGUGGUCAUCGCGCUCGAUGGUAUUCAUGAAAUCGCCCUGGACUUUUGUGGCUGCGCUUCGGCUCAGAUUCGGUAUAAACAAUUGUUACGUAUGCGGUGGUAUCCAGCCACACAUUUUCAUAUUCUAUCCUUUGAAAGCAAGGUGUCUGCUUACGAGUUCUACCAGUCGCUCGCAAGGCACACCGACAAUUCAGGGUUAGUAGCGAUCAGGGAUCGUUAUUCCGCUUUCAUGCGGAUGGUACGCCAAUGGCGUAACCUCAAGCAACUUUCCCGCGGAGGAAGGGGACACGACCCCGCUGGUGUCAAUGCUACUGCCGAAGGAGAGUUAGCUGUUCUCUGCCCCGCGUGCCCACAGCCCGGGAAGAAUCUUCCACUAGACUGGGAGAAGGAGCCUCUAUUUACCAGAUGGAAAUAUGCGCUGUUUGUUGCAAUCGAUGCGAACUUUAGAUUGAAGCGCAAGGCGGUGUCUUCUGACACUGCUGACCCUAGCCUUAAUGCUGGAUGGGCGUAUUUUGUGCACGAAGACUCAUACAAAUCUUACCUUGCAGAUCGUGCUUCCGACAAGCAAGAGCGAAGCACGUGUGUAAGCCACAAUGCAGUUAACAUGGCGGAUACCAAGUCCUCCCGUGGGCUUGCUGCAACAGGAGUUGGGACGAUCGACUGCGCAAGGCACGAUAUGAAGCUCCCAAACGGAGUUGGAGACCUGCAGAAGGGUGAACGGUACAUUAAUAUGGACUAUAUCAUGUGUUCUGCGCUCUUCAUCCUCGCGAUGUCCAUGAUCAACAUAUCCUACGACAUCGCCUGCCAGUGGCACAAGAGACUCUGGACUCGAAUGGAAACGAUGCCGGAACGACUUUCUCCCCCCCGCGAAUCUUCCCUCAUACGUGUUUUUGUGCCGAAGUUCCACAUCCAGGCCCACAUCGAUAAGUGUCGCACCAAUUUCUCUUUCAACUGGUCGAGGUACGUGGGCCGAACAGAUGGCGAAGCCCCUGAACGGGGCUGGUCCAAUAUAAACCGAGUGGCAUCAAGUACCAAGGAAAUGGGACCGGGAGCACGCCGGGACACUCUUGACGAUCACUUCGGUGAUUGGAACUGGAAAAAAAUUACAGCAUUAGACUUAGGGCGGACAUUGCAUAAGAAGAUGAUUGAAGCUGUAAAGUGGACGAAGGAGCACUCCGAAGCCCUCUCGGAACUGGAGAAGACUAUUCAGCCGGCUCUUAUCGCGCAGUGGAAGGCAGAGGUGGAAUCCUGGGAGGAGGAUAACUCCUCUCCGAACCCCUUUGAAAGCCGGUUUAACCCGGUUACACAGGCAUCCGUACGACUACAACUCACUGAGCUUGAAGCUCAAGACCUUCAAGCUGGAAUCAAUGUCUCACUUCACACCGAUGUCUCUCCAAGCGGAUUGAUUACAUCGGGCAUGGAUCUCGAGGAUCAACAUGGGAGGCCACAGGAACUCAAACCUGAAGACUUCAACCUGUGGCUCCCUUCGCAACUUCCAGCUGGCACCCCCGUAGACCUGACGCUCGCUGGCCACGAGUGGGAGCUACGCUACGCGCAGGCCCUCGAUGCCCUGAACGAAGUUCGUUCCCACCUCCGGCUUCGAUCCCACAUGUACAAGUACAAGGAUAAAAAUGUCCGUGGUCAAGCGGGUUCCACUCGCGCCAAGAAAAUCAUUGAUGCCGUGGAAUCGAGGAAGCACGCCAGUGUAUUGAAGUACAGACGUGCGCGCAGUGCCCUGCUGUCUCUUGGCCACCGUCUGGAGAAGUGCGGUUGGGAGCUCACCAUGCGCCCACUUCUUGACUCUGAUGUUAAGCCUAUGGGUGACAUGGAGCAGCAAGGGAGAGGAACCAUCUCCUGGAUUUGGUUAGACUCCCGUGCUGAUAACAGCUGUACAGAAAAUGAACACAUACAGGAUUGUGUCCGCUUGGAAUGGUGCAAGGCUCGUGCCCGCGCACACCGGUGGUCGGAGGAGGUGGAGUUAUUGCUAGAAGAGAUGAGACGAGUGCUGGUGUUUUUGAGAUGGCAAGGGUCCUGGUGGAAGGAGCGCGUAACUCUUCGAACGCUCAACUCAGCACCUGCACAAGAGGGACUGUCAGCGUACGCGUGUCGCCAGUCUGCACUGCGUGUGCUGCUGAUAGCCAAGUUUCAAAGGCUGUGGAGUGAUGUGCCUACCCUUGUCUCUGGUGGUGUCCUGAUUCCAGAGAGCGGAGAGGUAGAUACACCUACUAUUGACGCUCCCUUGCAGUUAUAA